GGCCGCGAGACAGUUCCGUUUCCGGUGGAGCGUUUCUUUUUUCCGUUCCUGGCUUUCGGUUGUCGCGGUUGGUGGACAGUAACGGAGCCAAGAUGCUGCGAAAUCUGCUGGCUCUUCGUCAGAUUGCCCAGAGAACCAUAAGCACUGCUUCACGCAGGCAUAUUGAAAAUAAAGUUCCAGAGAAACAAAAGCUAUUUCAGGAGGAUAAUGGAAUUCCAGUGCAUCUAAAAGGUGGGGUAGCUGAUGCUCUCCUGUAUAGAGCCACCAUGGUUCUUACAGUUGGUGGAACAGCAUAUGCCAUAUAUCAGCUGGCCAUGGCUUCAUUUCCCAAGAAGCAGGAUUGACCUGAGUCAUCCCAAUAAUUACUUGGUUCAGUUCCAUUCAGCUCUCUAUGAAUCAGUAGCUUGAUAAAUAGCUGAGCUCUUCUCUGGGGAUCAAUAUUUAUUGACUUGUACUAACUGCCACCAAUAAAGCAGUCUUUACCAUG